GCUUGUUGCCAGAGGAGGGGAUCCAAACCCAGUCCAACGCAAGGCGGAAAAAGGAGAAGGAUUGGAUUGGAGUCACUGCAACAGCGCCACAUUUAUGUCCGAUUAAGACCAUUCUUCGCACCGGACAAUCCCGCGCGGCGCCCCCUGUCCCGCUCCGUCCCAUCCUGCUUUGCGCGAGCGAAGGGGAUCGAUCCGAUCCCUUCCCCCCAUCUCCGGAACCCUAAUCGAUCCUCUGCAUCGCGUAUGCCUUAGGAAUUCUCCUCCGCGCUCACCAUGGAAGACCAGAAAGGAGCCGCGGUUAGGGCUUCCUCCUCCUCCUCCUCCUCCGCCGCGGCCGUUGCUGCCCCGGCACCGCCGCCUCCGCUUCCCGCACUGGCCCCGCCCCCUCCGGCGCCGCCCCAGUCCUCAUCUUCUUCCGAUGUCGCCGCCGCCGCCGCUGCGCCGAAGGAGGAGCCGCUGCCGCCCGCAGACGGGGGCCAGAGGGUUCGGUUCUCGGUGGAGCUCAAGCCCGGGGAGACCACCAUCGUCUCUUGGAAGCGGCUGCUUAAGGAGUCCAAUAAAGGGGGCGGAUCCCUUCCAAUUGCAUCCGUGGCCGAGCGGCCUCUUGCUGUCCAAGUCGGAACAGGUGGUCCGCCUGCAGAAAAUGAAUUAAAAGAUGCAGUUCCACCUCCAAAUCGUUUUAGUGCAGUUAUUGAGAAGAUUGAACGCCUAUACAUGGGCAAACAAAGCAGUGAUGAAGAAGAACUUGAUGAUAUUCCAGAUGACGAUCAAUAUGACACCGAGGAUUCUUUUAUAGAUGAUGCUGAGUUGGAUGAAUAUUUUCAAGUGGACAAAAUGUCAACCAAGCAUAAUGGAUAUUUUGUCAAUAAAGGAAAGUUAGAGCAAAUUGAGCCUAGCUCAUCACCUAAAGAGGCACCUAAAAGAAGAAGAAGAAGGGACUCCACAAAACUGCACGGUGAUGGUAGUCAUGUUCUUGUUCCUGGUGGCCCUGCUAAAGUUGGCAGUAUGCGCAUUAAAGAUGCUGCUAGGAAUGCACCAGUGAUGGGAAGGAAACCAAGUCCUGCUAAAGUUUAUGCUCCAUAUGGUGAACAUUACAGUGAGGAAGGCAGGAGUUUAAAGUAUAAAUCAAAAACCACUACAACGGUCUACAAAAGGAAAUCUGCUGAUUUCACUAUUAAAUCAGAGGAACAAUCAACGAUGAGAGUGCCAAAUAAGGAUGUUUUACCACUACCUUUGGAACUAAAGGAUUUCGAUAAGCAUAAAUCUGGGGUCCUUGCAUCUGAAGACACUACUCAUAGGGCAAGUGUAAGUCAUUCAUUUGACCCCUUGUACCAAGCAUCUCGCAGUAAAGUUCAAGUAGAAUUUCAGCCAAAAAAAUUGCUAAAAAGUGAAACUGGAGAAGUGUCAGCUAAAAUUCGGCGUAAGGAGAAAUAUGGCUCCAGCAAUUUUCCUGCUAUGAACUCUUCUAUGAGUGUGUAUCCUAUGCAUGCAGUGCAACCAUCCACAAGGGUGAAAGAAAGUUCCUCCAUGAGGCCUAAAGGGACCACACUUGAACGGGCCAUCCGUGAUCUUGAAAAGAUAGUGGCUGAAUGUAGACCACCAAGUCUUGAUGUUCAUGAGGUGGAUCCUGCAUUUCAAGGCAUUAAGAGAAGACUUCCGCAGGAAGUAAAGCAGAAGCUUGCUAAAGUUGCAAGAUUAUCGGCAAGCCAAGGUAAAAUUUCUGAAGAUGAGUUGAUUGAUCGACUUAUGGGCAUUCUAGGUCACCUAGUUCAGCGCAAGACACUGAAGAAAAAUAUGAGAGAGAUGGUUGAGUUAGGUCUUUCAGCAAAACAACAGAAAGCUGAUAGAUUUCAACAAAUAAAAAGGGAAGUCAAUGAGAUGAUCAGAGCACGUGUCUCUCAGUUGAAGUCCAAGUUGGCUGAGAAACAAGAUGGUUCAGCUGAUGAUUUUCAGGAAAUCAAUAAUGAUGAAAGAAGAACUCUAAAAGGUAGAUACAGUAUGGAUGCUGCACUAGAAGACAAGAUCUGUGAUCUCUAUGAUUUGUAUGUUGAGGGAAUGGAUGAAGACAAAGGCCCUCAAAGCAGGAAGCUUUAUGUAGAGCUUGCAGAAUUGUGGCCCAGUGGUUACAUGGAUAAUGUUGGAAUCAAAGAUGCCAUUUACAGAUCGAAGGAAAGGAAAAGAUCACUUUACAGGCAGCAUAAGGUUCAUGAUGAAGAGAGAAUCAAGAGGAAAAAGUUGGCUUCUACAAAGAGAAUAGACGAGACUAAUCCAGCUGCUCAGCUACGAGCUGGACAGGAGAAGCCAGUCCCAGUCGUUGAAGCCACUGCUCGGUUUCUUGCUCCGUUGGACAAGCUAAUUUCCAAUCAACCUGCUGGUUCAACAGGAAGAUCAAUGGAUUCUGUUCAACCUGCUGAUUCUAGUCAACAUACACUGAAAAAUCCUGACAAGGUUAGAGUUGCUAACAUGAGCACGAACCCGGAGGAUGCAAGCAAAGCUUUUGUUGAUGUAAAGAAAAAAUUGAAGAGGAAGGCAGAAUCAGAGUUGAGUGACACACACAUUCAUUCCCAGAAGGUUCCUUCUCAGCAUAUCACUGAGAAGCAGAAGUCGCCCAGAAUCAUGGAUGACACAAAUAUGAGUUACCAACCGAAACCAAGUCUCGAAUUACCCGGUCCUACAGGUUCUGACCAGCCAAGCUGAUUUGCUGCGACAUAGGAUUACAUAAAUUAGUUCAGGUUUUAGUUGUUGUUACCUUUUGUUUCUUGAUUGUAUGACCUUACAUCUGAUUAGUAGUCCUCUUAACAUUCCGCCAACGAAACCCUUUGUGCUCGGCCACCAUUUGAUGCAACUACUGUCGCUAUUUGGUGGUCCCUCUUUUUUCCUCCAUUAACAGUUCAUUACAAGUUAUUAUCUGUAGAAGCAUUUGCUUUCGCGAGCUGCAACCUGUACAUGUGUUAUGCUUCUUCCCACCUUUCCGCAAUAGCUGCUGCUUUCCCUAUGUAACAUGCUGCAACUUGACACAUCUGAACAUAAAAAGGGUCGGUCGCACCAUUUCUCUUUUUC